UCGAGGCGUUGGGCGGCGGUGACUCUGUCUUCAGAACUGAAAUUUUCCGUCCAGGAAGAAGGGCGAAGAUGACGCCGGGGGUCUUGUCACUCGUAGUGCCGGGGGGUCCCUGGUGAGAUGGAUUUCCGGCUAUUCCUGCUGUUUUCCGGCUGCGGCGCGCGCCGUGCCAGAGAGUCCGGCGAGUUUACUCUAGUGUAAUGGAUGAGGUGACGGAAGGAAUUCAUGAGAGAGAGAGAGGGAAAGAGCACGGAAAUUAAAACUAUCAGAGACUUCAGAGUGAGGAUCACGCGCUCUGAUCGGUUCCUCUAGUUUUCCUCACUUUCUUUUCCCGUCCACUUGCUACCGGUUCUUCGAUCGCAGAGAUUUUAGGGAUUUCGGGCGGAGUAUUAAUGGUUCUGACAGAGGUUAGGGUUUUCUGGGACUAAGCAGCAGAGAAAGUAGGCGAAGAAGAUACACGCUCCUACGUUGCCAUUUGUCGUCUCCUUUUCCCGGCCACCGAUCUUGACGAUCGGGAUGUUCGCGGUGGAAUUUUUAUGAUUUCUCAACAUAACUGACGGUUCUUUUAAAUGUCCGUCAGAUUUUGGCCCUUCUCCUUCUCACGUUCCGGAGCUUAUCUGUUUGUAAUUUUACUUCUAGAUGUUAUAACCGGCCGAUUUCAUCAUCCGAGGUUCGGGGGCAUUUUAGCGGCAAUUUUUGGGUACUUCUUUUGUUAAUGUUGGCGAUUCUUGCGUUUUGUCCUUGUUAUGCUCUUUCUUCCUCUUCCUUUCAAUCGUCAAGCUGAAAAACUCAAAUUUUCUGGGUCGAGAUCGAGUUUCUGUUCUUCAAGCGAUAUCUACAGGGGUUUACGUGCUCCCUUGUCCCGUUCUUCGUCUUCUUGUUCUAGAAAGUUUCUUCGGAAUUUCUUCUUGAGUUCUUCAUCUUUUGUUCGCCGGGAAGCCGGCGGCUACUAGGUUUGCAUCUUUACCUCUCUCAGACGACUCCAUGACAGAAGAAAAAUGGAGGCCUAGGGUCCUAAGAAAAUCGACACCGAUGAAGAUACAGCCGAUCGUCGAUUCGGGCUCCCCGAAGCCGAUCAAGAACGAAGCUGCCACGACUAAGCCGGCAGCAAAGUCGCGGCUCAAGCGGAUGCUCGAACGCCAAUUUCCGGGAGUCCUUAGAAACUCCUUGUCGGAGAGAGCCGGCGAGCCCCACGGUGGGAGCGACACUGAGCCCAGCUCCGUCUGCCUGGCAAAGAUGGUUCAGAACUUCAUGGAGGACAACGACAAGCAGGCGAAGUGCGGGCGCUCCCGAUGCAAUUGCUUCAACGGCAACGGCAGCGACAGCUCUGACGAUGAACAAGACGCCGGAGAUUCUACCUUGUUAUCCGGCGAAGGCCCGGAACUUCUCAAAAGUUUGGUUCAGUGUGCUAGCAUGGCGGAGAGAAACCUUCUUGCCGAUACGGCGAAGAUAGUGGAGUCGAGAAGCAAGAGUUGUAGAAAGAACGUCUCUCUGAGGGAGUUCGUUGAGGAGGGUCUUCUCACGCUCGGCUACGACGCCUCCAUCUGCAGAUCGAAAUGGGAGCAAUCCCCCUCGCAUCCCGCUGGGGAAUACGAAUACAUCGACGUGAUCGUGGCCAAGGCUGAGGGGCCGCCGGAACGGCUCAUCGUAGACGUCGAUUUCAAGUCGGAAUUCGAGAUUGCGCGGUCGACGAGCCAGUACCGAGCGGUGCUCCAGUCCCUACCCUCCAUCUUCGUGGGAAAGCCUGACCGCCUACAGCAGAUCGUCUCCUUGGUCUCUGAGGCCGCCAGGCAUUCGUUGAAGAAGAAAGGGCUCCACUUCCCACCCUGGAGAAAACCCGAGUACAUGAGCGCCAAGUGGCUCUCUCCUUACAAAAGGACGAAGGCAAGCGCCGACGACGACAAGAUGAAUGCCUUCGCGGCCACCGCCCCGACCCCCGCCGCUGCAGCGACCCCCACCACUGACCUUUCCCUUAUUGCCGUAAAACCAUCCGGCCUCUCCACCACGAGUUUCUCUGGCGAGUUCGAGUUGCGUUUCAGCGGCAACGACGGUGAGAGUAAAGCCAGCGACGGCGCCGGCGGUCAGGUGAAGGUGGUGGUGACUGAAUGGACACUACCGGCCGUCAAACCGAAGAUUGCUCACAAGGAAGGCAAGAUCGUCACGGGCUUAGCCUCUGUUCUCCGAGAGAAACCCUAAGCGAACGAGUGCGGCCCCAUCCCCCCAAAGAGGGUCCUAACAGACAUCAGAAAAGUAUUGCCUGUGUCCAAUGGCGAUAAUCCCUCUCUCUUUUUUUGAGUUUCUUUUUAGUUCUUGCGUUGCGUCCUACGAUCCCCGUUUUUGAAGGGUAUGUAUGUAGUUCGAUGCAUAUAGACGAACAGAUGAGGAAAAAAAACAGGAAAAAGAAAAAAGGAAAAUGGAGGCAGUAAUAAUUUUUGUUCCUAGUAGAGUUGGCGAAUAGUAUAUCAUCAAUGAAUUUCGAUGUUUGAUACAAUAA